CUCGUGAUUCCAACUAUUUGUACUCCACAGAGAUCCCGGAUUCUCUCAGAUUCCGAGAAACCGCAUUGCUUCUCGGACCUCGCCCCCCGCUCAAUCUCUCCUCCGCCGCCGUCCGCCCGCCCGCCCGCCGCCGCCGCCGCAGUUCUCUCCUGAUCCUCUCCCGACCCAGACGAAAAUGGGGGAGGUCGUACGUCGGAGAGGGUGUUGCUCGAAGCAGGAAUUCCUCCCCGAGGAGUCCUUCGCGAGCUUCGGGAAUUACGUGAAGGCCCUCAGGGAGACGCCGGCGAGGCUGCGGGACCGGCUGGUGACACGGUCGCUGGACACCACGGAGCUCCACGAGGUCAAGGCUCGGAGCCAGCACGAGAUGAAGCGGACCCUCAACUGGUGGGACCUCAUCUGGUUCGGCAUCGGGGCCGUCAUCGGCGCCGGCAUCUUUGUCCUCACGGGCCUCGAGGCGAAGGAGACCGGCCCCGCUGUGGUGCUGUCCUACGUCAUCUCCGGCAUCUCCGCCCUGCUCUCCGUCUUCUGCUACACCGAGUUCGCGGUAGAGAUACCCUCGGCCGGUGGAUCAUUUGCGUACCUAAGAGUGGAGCUCGGCGACUUUGUGGCGUUCAUUGCUGCCGGCAACAUCAUCCUUGAGUACGUGAUCGGCGGCGCUGCCGUCGCGCGCUCCUGGACGUCCUACUGCGCCACCCUUUUCAACCACAAGCCCACAGAUUUCCUGAUCAAAGCGCACGGCCUCGCCGAGGGUUACAACCAGCUUGACCCCAUAGCGGUCGGCGUCUGCGCUGCGGUCUGUGUCGUCGCGGUUCUAAGCACCAAGGGCUCAUCCAUCUUUAACUCCAUCGCCUCUGUCAUCCACAUCGUCGUCAUCCUCUUCAUCAUCAUCGCGGGCCUAACCAAAGCCGAGCCGAAGAACUACUCUGAUUUCGCUCCUAAUGGGGCGCGAGGCAUCUUCCAGGCUUCAGCAGUCCUCUUCUUUGCCUAUAUCGGGUUUGAUGCGGUCUCGACGAUGGCUGAGGAGACGAAGAACCCUGCCCGGGACAUACCCAUUGGAUUAGUGGGCUCAAUGGUCAUCACAACCACUUGCUAUUGCCUGAUGGCCGUAACGCUCUGCCUCAUGCAGCCUUACAAGGAGAUUGACGAGAACGCGCCUUUCUCAGUGGCGUUCCAGGCCGUCGGGUGGAACUGGGCCAAGUACAUCGUUGCUGCUGGCGCGCUGAAGGGCAUGACGACCGUACUGCUUGUCAGUGCUGUUGGACAGGCUCGAUAUCUUACGCACAUUGCCCGGACCCACAUGAUGCCGCCCUGGUUCGCCCGUGUUAACGAAAGGACGGGGACCCCGGUGAAUGCCACUGUCACCAUGCUUGCUGCGACAGCGGUCAUAGCCUUCUUCACCAAGCUUGAUAUCCUGUCCAAUCUCCUUUCAAUCUCCACCCUGUUCAUCUUCAUGGUUGUGGCUGUCGGACUCCUCGUCCGUCGCUACUAUGUUAGUGGCACGACCACAGCUGUGGACCGCAACAAGCUCGUUGCCUGCCUCGUCCUCAUAAUUGGGUCUUCUAUUGCAACGGCUGCUUACUGGGGCCUAAGUGAAGGCUGGAUAGGAUACGUGAUCACGGUGCCCAUAUGGUUAUUGUCAACUGCAGCAUUGAGGUUGUUUGUCCCUCAUGCCCGCAAUCCGAAACUGUGGGGGGUGCCUUUUGUCCCGUGGGUGCCGUCGGCCUCCAUUGCCAUCAACAUCUUCCUUCUCGGAUCCAUCGACAAGGACUCAUUCAUGCGGUUUGGGAUCUGGACCGGCUUCCUGUUGCUGUAUUACUUGCUGCUCGGGUUACAUGCAUCGUAUGACACCGCCAAGGAAGCUGAGGAGAGCAAGAAUGAGGGGGAAAUGAAGGUGAAGAGGAUUGAAGAAGGAAUUUGAGACAAUGCAGUUUCAUUAGCAUGUACAGUGAAAGAGGUUCUAAGAUUGCUUCACAUUAAUUCACUUUUCUAGGAAUUGUGUAGAUGGUAUUGUGGAUGUGGUAUGGAUUGCUUCAGCUUGAUUCCUGCUUUCUUUUCAGGAAGUUGUGCAUAUGGCAUGCGUUGUGCUGUCCAUUUCUAGGAUUACUGGUUGAGAAAUAUUAUCAGAGAAAUGCCUGUGAUGAUCUAC